UCAGCGCAACAGGUGAAACUGGGUGGUUUCUUACGUUCUUUUUUUCCCUCUCUCUCUUCUCCCCCCAAUAAGCCCAUUGACACUCACCUCCCAAGUGUUCUUUCCUGUCCAUCUCAUCAUUCAAUCGGCGAUAGUCAAUGCGACGUUCCAGGGCUGCUCAUUUACUCUUUGGCACAGUUGUAAGCUUCUGAGAGGUCCGUCGGUUUCGAUCAGAUCCGGGCUGAGAUGGGCAACAACGUGCCGCGCGGAGAUUUUGAAUGGGUUUACACCGACCAGCCACACUCCAGCAGGAGGAAGGAGAUUUUAGCCAAACACCCAGAGAUCAAAUCCUUGAUGGGCCCAGAUCCUAAUCUGAAAUGGAUAGUGACUGCUAUGGUGUUGACACAGAUUGUGGCGUGCUACCUGGUGAAGGACCUGCCCUGGAAGUGGCUGAUCUUCUGGUCAUAUGCAUUUGGAGGUUGUAUCAACCACUCAUUGACUUUAGCUAUUCAUGACAUAUCCCAUAAUGUGGCUUUUGGCAACAAAGAUGCCAAGUGGAACCGUUUUUUUGGUAUCUUUGCCAAUCUCCCUAUUGGGGCGCCUUAUUCCGUGGGGUUUAAGAAGUAUCAUAUUGACCACCAUCGUUAUUUAGGUGGUGAUGGCCUUGAUGUGGACAUACCCACUGACUUGGAGGUCCGUCUUUUCUGCACCCCUUUCAGGAAGGUAAUCUGGCUUUUCUUACAACCCCUCUUAUAUGUCCUUCGCCCACUCUGUGUGAACCCCAAGCCUAUUUCUCAGAUGGAGAUUGUCAACACCGCAAUCCAGCUGGCCUUUGACCUGCUGAUCUUUUGGCUCUGGGGUCUGAAGUCCGUCGUCUAUCUUGUGGCUGGGUCUAUUUUAUGCAUGGGCCUUCACCCUAUUUCUGGACACUUUAUUGCUGAACACUACAUGUACCUGAAAGGCUAUGAGACUUAUUCCUACUACGGACCCUUGAACUUGAUCACCUUCAAUGUGGGCUAUCAUAUGGAACAUCAUGACUUUCCAAGCAUUCCUGGCAGCCGCCUUCCAGAGGUCAGGAAGAUUGCUCCAGAGUUUUACGAUAACCUUCCUCAGCACAGUUCCUGGAUACGGGUGCUGUGGGAUUUUGUUUUCUGUGACUCAAUUGGCCCCUUUUCUAGGAUUAAACGAGAGUGCAAGGUGGUCAAGUCAGACUAGUCCACCACUUUUGCUCUCCUUCAGGACUUCUGAAAAGAUACAACCCUGGCUGACGAAGAGCAAAAACAUCCUGAUCGGGACCUUUUACUUCACUCUGGUAGCCUCCUUUCAGCACAUCAAGAAUCCAAACAGAGCAUCUGCAAAUUAAUCCAGCAGGUUUGUUUCUCUUCCACUGGCCAAUCUGAUGUGAUCAAAUAAGAAGACCCAUCCCUGACUGCUACGUUUUUCAGAAUGGUAAUCAAAACCAAGUAUCCAGGGACAGAAAAUGACUUUCCAGUGUCACUGACCAUCUGAGUCCUUGGUGCUCCAUGCCAGUUGAUGGAGGCUCACGAGGAGGUGGUUAUUUGGUAAUGAUUCUGCAUGGAUUUGGGAUACAUUUAAUAACACGGAAAUGUUUGGCUAAAAUGACAGGCUAUUAACAGAGAUUUUACUUUUUUUUUUUCUUUUUGUCUCAUAAGGUGGGAGUUUCUCUACUCAGACCUUACCUCCCGCUUACAGAGCGCACCUAUUAAGAGUCUUUCUAGGACUACUUUGAUGCGUUAUUUAUUUUUGGUCUAUCAUCAUCAAUCUAUAAAAUUAACAUUUCAGCUUUGGUUAAAAUGAAACCCUAGACUGAGAGUGUAAUUUUUCUAUCAUAAGUGAGGGGAACGAUCUUGGGAGUUAUUAGAGCUCUCCUGCCUUCUGACAAAAUAUCAAAAAGAUUUUGAAGGAAGAUCAGAGAAUAA